AUGUGGGCAGGCCCAAGCCCCGCCGUCACACUGGCCCUGAUGCUGGCGGUGGCAUGGGCCACAGAGCUCAAGCCCACAGCGCGUCCCAUCUUCACAGACCGGCCCUUCAUCGUAGCAUGGGAUGUGCCCACGCAAGACUGUGGCCCACGCCACAAGGUGGUGCUGGACCUGAGGGCCUUUGACGUGCAGGCCUCACCUAACGAGGGCUGGGUGAACCAGAACAUCACCAUCUUCUACUCAGAGCGGCUUGGCCUGUACCCCCACUUUGACCCAGCAGGGCACUCGGUGCACGGUGGCGUGCCACAGAACGGUAGUCUUCAGGCCCACCUGAAGAUGCUGCGGGAGCAUGUGGAGCACUACAUCCGUGCCCAGGAACCUGCAGGGCUGGCUGUCAUUGACUGGGAGGACUGGCGGCCUGUGUGGGUACGCAACUGGCAGGACAAGGACGUGUACCGCCGGUCAUCACGCCAGCUGGUGGCCAGCCUCCACCCCGACUGGCCACAGGACCGCGUGAACAAGCAGGCGCAGUACGAGUUUGAGUUUGGUGCACGGCAGUUCAUGCUGGAGACACUGCGCUGGGUCAAGGCAGUGCGGCCACACCACCUCUGGGGCUACUACCUCUUCCCUGACUGCUACAACCAUGAUUAUGUGCAGAACCGGGACAGUUACACGGGGCGCUGCCCUGAUGUGGAGGUUGCCCGCAAUGACCAGCUGGCCUGGCUGUGGGCUGAGAGCACGGCCCUCUUUCCCUCUGUCUACCUGGAUGAGGCACUUGCCUCCUCUGCCCAUGGCCGCAAGUUUGUCAGUUUUCGCGUACAGGAGGCUCUUCGUGUGGCUCGCAAACACCAUGUGAACCACGCGCUCCCCGUCUAUGUCUUCACAAGGCCCACCUACAGCCGCGCGCUCACAGGGCUCAGCGAGAUGGACCUCAUCUCCACCAUCGGCGAGAGCGCAGCCCUAGGUGCAGCUGGUGUCAUCCUCUGGGGUGACGCGGGGUACACCACGAGCACGAAUACCUGCCAGUACCUCAAGAAUUACCUGACACAGCUGCUGGUCCCCUAUGUGGUCAACGUGUCCUGGGCUGCGCAGCACUGUAGCAUGGAACAGUGUAAUGGUCAUGGGCGCUGUGUCCGCCGAGACUCCAGUGCCAGUGCCUUCCUGCACCUCAACGCCAGCAGCUUCCGCCUAGUCCUUGACUACCCACCUGGAAAGCCCCUGCCGCCACCCCAGGGGAAGCUCAACAAGGCCGACCUGGACUACUUGCAGACACACUUCCGCUGCCAGUGCUACUUGGGUUGGGGUGGUGAGCAGUGCCAGUGGGACCAUAGAAAUGCAGGUGGAAGUGCCAGCCAGGCCUGGGCUGGCCCCCAGCUCCUCAGCCUACUGGCUCUGACAGCCUUGGCCUUUACUGAGACUGUGUAG